UAUUAUAUAUUUAGUAGUUUUGUUGACGUUCUUUUUUUUGUAGCAACAAGCGAACGUGCAGCGAUGGCUUUCAAUAGGCGUUACAACUAGCUUCAAUCACGUUUAGUCGUUAAGUUUCUGUAAGUAUAAUAAAACGAAAAUGUCGGAAAAAAGAUCUCAGGCAAAUGCUUCUAAAGCAAUGAAAGAAGAAUUACUUAAAUGGAUUUGUAUGAGUCAUGCAACAAAUUCACCUUUAAACAGAAAUUCACUUCGUACUAAAGCACUUGAAUUAGUAGAUUUUUUUGGAUUGAAAGGUUUCAAAUGUUCUGAAGCAUGGAUAACAGUAUUCCUAAAACGAUAUGGGUUUUCUACCAAUUUAAACGAUUGCAGUGGACCCGUUUUUGAAGAUUACCGUGUAUGGAUUGAUUUAAUACGACCUCUUUUCAUGGAAUAUAAUUAUGAAAAUCAAUUUCAUGUAGAUGAAUUAAUGAUGUAUACUGACUUUUUACCUUCAGUAACUCGAAAACCAAAAGAUAAUCUCAAGAUUGUUAAUGAUGAUCAUAAGGAUCAAACAUCAUUUAUUUCACCUGCGAUGAAUCGAGUAUCUCUUUUACUAGCUUGUAAUGUUUCUGGAACACAAAAAUUACGUCCAUUAAUCUGUGGUCCAUACAAUUUAGAGGAACGUCAAGAUCGUCUUUACUAUCAAACAGAAAAUUCUAAAAUAAGUGAUGAAUUAUUUGGUAGCUGGCUAUUAACUUUAAAUCGUGACAUGGCAUUAAUUAAUCGUAACAUAGUACUUAUGAUGAGUAGAAAAAGAGUGAAUGCUUUGAACAAUUUAGAAUUGACUCAUAUUAUGCCUUUGUUUAUUCCAAAUGAAUAUCCAGCAAAACUUAAGCCAUUUCGAACUGACGUAUUUCACUAUAUUAAGAUGUCGUAUCGGAAAGAAUACGUCGAACUUCUCUGUAAAGCUCCUUCAAAAGCUCUAGGGGAUCCAGAAGAAAUAAUCGAUACUUUAAUUGAAAGCUGGAAGGAAGUCUCCAGAGAGCUCAUAGUAACAAAUUUCCAACGUACGAAAUUUCGAGAAGAUGAUUCAUUUCUAAAUAUUGAAUGUGAAUCUUGGAAUAACCUGAUGACUGGAGUGCCUUUUGAAAAAUUUGUUACUUUCGAUGAUGGUUUAAUAGAUAUCACAGAUACUGGAUUAAAUAAUUUAGAAUUUCUGUCUUCAAUUAAAGAAAAUGACACUUUUAAAAGUUCACUUAGUUAUAGCAGUAAAAACAAUGAUGAAGAGCAAUCUGAAAUAUCAACAGGUGAUUUAGACGAAAGUUUGAAAAGGCCUAGUGAUGACUCAUUAUACAUGUCUGAUGAUUUACAAGAACAAAGUUGUAAAAAUGCAAAAGAUAUAAGUUCUUUAAGAUUUCAGGAGCUCAAUGAUAAUAAUAAUGAUCAAUGUUUUUCAAUUCUUCAUUCAAUUAAAGGUUUACACCCAGAAAAAUUAUUAAACACGGGAAAAAGAAUGCAAGAUAUUCCAGUAAGAAUAAUGGACACUUUGUGUAAAACACAAAGCUCACCUAUACGAAGUACUUCAACCCCUAUAAAAGAUUAUGAAAAAGAAAUCAAUCGAAUUUAUUUGUCAUCUAAAAGAGCAUCAGUUAUACAAACGCAUAGUGAUUUCAUUAAUGAUGGUUGUUUUGAAGAAGUAACAAAAUGCUUGGAAUCAAAAGUGGUUAAUUUAGAAAAAAGUCCUUGUCAUUUGCAUGGUGAUUCACCAAGAAACAACAUAAGAAGUUUAUUGAACAAUUCUCCAAUACCAAGUACUAGUAAGGAAGGUUUAGAAGAAUCAUACAUUCUUCAACAGCUUCACGAAAGAUUUAAAGAGGUUAAUUUUUAUGAUAAAAUGAAUUUAAAAGAAGACAGGAAAAGCCCUGAUAGCCUGAUUUUAGAAAAAAGGAAUCAAAAAAAUGAAAAUCGUCAAGAACAAUAUAUGUCGUUCAAAAGAAAAAAAGGGGAUAAUAGUUUGGAUGUAACUCAUGAUAAUGAUGAACCUGAUGAAAAGAAAAUUAAAAUGGAAUCAAAUUGGGCUAAACAGUAUGAAAAUCAUCGUGUUUUUGGUCCUAAUAUGUUAAAUCAAUCUGAAGAAAAUUUAGCUAUUAAUGCAAAUAAUAUAUCUUUUGAAGCUCAAGACAUAGAGAAAAAAUGUAUAUUUUCAUUUAGUCAAAAUCCAGGAUCACCAAAAUCUUAUUAAACGAAUUUGAAAAUAUUUUUAUAAGGAAAAAUCAUUUACGGUCAUUUUUAGUUGAAUCUAAAAAUGAUAGAUUAGUACAAAUAAUAUUUUCAUUUAUUUAGUGUUAUAUGUAAUCCGAAAUACUUUUAGUACAAUUGUUUAGCUUUGUUUAAAAAAUAAAAAAUUCCGUUCAAAGUUUAACGAUGGUGGUGAUUAAAAUAAUACAAUG